AUGGAUGGCAGGUUUAUACAUGCGAGCCAAUUCGACAUCCUUGAAUGGUAUCCCAGGUUCAUGUCAUGUCACCAGUACUUCAUGGAGGUGGCCCAGCACAAGGAGCACGUUCAGAUGGUAGCAGCCUUCAACAACAUCAGGCUGCCUUUUGAGAAACGCCAACUUGGCCAAGACACAACCCCACACGCCGCAUCUUCCUCGACGCGACCACAAACCCACAACCAAGCGGGGGAAGCCAAAACACUCCUACUGCCUUAUAUCCGCCGCCUCGUGGCCACAGGCUUUGACGCACCCGAUAUUCUGGAGUUGUUCUUCGGGCCGCAUUGGGUGCAGGGAAUCGGGAGCUUCCAUGAGGUCGAACGGCGCAAUUUCUUGUUUGCUUGCAAAUCGACCAACUGGUUGACGGUCAAGAGUGCGUACGAUAUGGAGGACGGGCAAGUGCUGCCCUUUCUGAGAACAUUGAAGGAUCCCACUGUCAGAGAAAUCGACAAUGCUAACAAGAGCUGGUCUGAGUGGUUGGCUUUGCAGGACUGGCUCGUCGGUCCAUUGUCGCCAUCCGAGGGUGAAGCUGGAAUCAAGGAGGAAGAGAUAUAA